CUUUUCUCAACAACUGGCGUUAGCUUCAUCAGCUAAUUGAAAACUAGCAUAAUACCGAAGGUGUGUUUUGUGAACCCUUUUUAAAGCCAUUUCUCGCUAUAAUGGAAGCUAGUCAUCAUGUUUUGGGGACAUCAUCCAAAAUCAUUUCCCUUGCUUCAGCCAGAGGAACGGAAAAACUUUGCGAACUUUGUCAAGGAAUAGCGCACCUGCAAUGCAUCAAAUGUCGGGUGACCUUUUAUUGUGGUGCAGAGCACCAGCAGGCUGACUGGGUGGGGAUCCAUGAGAGAAUCUGUGAAGUACUUGUUAGCAUUCGCAGCCCGACACUCUUAAGUCUCCAGGAGGCUGGAUGCAUUCAAAGACAGCUUAAAAAGGUGGAGCUGAUUGAGGUUUGCAGGUUGGUGGCACUGAGCAAGCUGUCUGAGGGGAAGCACCAGGAAGCUCUACCUGCGGCCCAGUUCUGCAUGCGCUGCUCCAUAGAUGUACAUGGCCCCAGAUCUGUCCAAAUGGUCCCAGCCUACCUGCUUCUAGCUGAGGCUAACAUGGGUAUGGGUAAUCUAGCCCGGGCGGCUGAGCUUCUGUCCCAGGCAGAGUGGGCGGCGUUGAAGAGCUCAGAGCAUGCAGUCCACCAACGUCUGCACAGGUGCCUGGGUCACCUCCACACGGCCACUGGAAACCUGGAGGCUGCGCUGUUUAACUUUGCAAAUGAUAUAUACUUUGCCAGUGAGGAGUAUGGUCUGGGUAGCACAGUCACCCAUGGGGGAUACUUUCUCAUGGCUAAUGUGUAUGCCAAACUCGGGGAGAUGCCGAUUGUUCGUUCCUUGUACUAUGAGGUGGCAAAAACGUGGCACUACCAGCUGUCCAAUUUCCUCGAGACCCACAUACAAAAUGUCCAAAGUCCUGAAAGAGAGUUGGAGACCUGUUACGAUAAAGCCCAGCGAGUUGAAGUGGAUGACAUGCUAAGAACGAUGCUGGAGUUUGAGCAGAAUGACUUCAGAAAAGACUCAGCUCAGAUUGCACUGGUGGCUCACUGCCUGGCCAUGCUGUGGUUCCUAGCGGGCGACUCCCUAAAGGCACUGGGAUUUGGCAACACCGCCCUGCAGGCCAGCCAGCUGAUACCAAACCAUGACCUGACAGAGCCCAUCCAGGGCCUGCUGCAGCUGCUGCUCACCGCUCGCUAGUCACCAUACCUGCCAUACCCAUCCCUCUGCCUGUGCAUCUGCACCACCGGGAUAUCUGU